UCCCUCCUUCUACCGCUCUGGGAUCUUCUCUUUCUCCGUUCGUCUGAUGUGGGAGCCCCAAGAAAGAGAGACUCUCAAGAGUCCCCUCUUUUGCCCGGCUGAUGUCUAAAGCCAUAUAUAUACCACCACCUCAUAGAACAAUCCUUUGAGAAAGAUACUUUGGAAGUAGCACCGCCUUAUAAACCAGUGGCAAAUCGAGUAAGUGCGAUACACGAAAAAUUGAAAAGACACGGGAAAGAUAAAUGAUCACCACGCAGCACGACACUGCGGACUAAGGGGAUCAGAUUUUUCGAAAAGAUGAUUUCGAGGUAUCAGGUAAUCUGCGUUCUUUUGCUUCUCGGCGCGGUUUUACUCUAUAAAACAAUGGCGCAAGUGGAUGGUUACACACCUGGCGUAGACUAUCCAAUUUACAAUUCGGUGCCGUUCGGACUUGCGUUUACCUGCGGAGGGAAAUUACCUGGAUACUACGCCGAUCCCGAAGCCAGAUGUCAGGUGUGGCAUUGGUGUUUGCCAAAUGGACGUCAGUUUAGUUUUCUUUGCCCGAAUGGUACAGUCUUUAGUCAAUCUACUCGCGUUUGUGACUGGUGGUUUAAGGUCGACUGCAAUGAUUCGCCACGACUUUACGGUAACAACGACGAGCUUUACAGAGACGUGAAUGGAAAUAAGAUCUAACAAUUCCUAUUCUUUUAUAUAUAAAUAGUUGAAUGUACAUUAAUAAAUUCUUUUAUAUAUAAUUAAGCUUUUCGCGAACGCGUAACGCUAUCAAUAGUACAACUUGUCUGCGAAAGUAAAUGAAAACAAUACGAUGAAUCCCUAGUUUGCCGAUGCAGGAAAGUAGUAAGGAUGUCUGCCUUAUUUAUCGCUGUUAAAUAAAAUAGAGAAACACUUUGCAUGAAAAAAUUAGAAAUUUUCUACAAUUCUAAAGUGAAUAAUUUUCACUGAAAAAGUGCAUUAUUUUUAACCGUAUGUUUCUAGCGCUACAAUUUUUGUACAAAAUUAAGUUCUUUGAGAAAUGUUAAUUCAAAUGUAUGCUGCAAAAAGAAAUUGCAAAUUAAAAAUUA